GGCGGGUCACGUGGUGGAGGUGUGGCCGCGUGAUCGGUCUCCUAGCAACGCGGGAUGGCGGCCGGCGAGCAGCAGGGCCGCGAGUACCUGGAGCGCUACAAGAUCCCGGAGCUGCUGCACAACCUGAGCGCGCUGCUGCUCUACCACCGGCCCGAAAGACCAAGAGAGUUUUUGAUACAUGCACUGGAAAGAGUGAAGCUUGCAAAACUAACUGAUGUGGAAUAUCCUUAUCUUGUGGAUGAAUCAAAUUUGAAUGCUAUGUUUGAAAUGCUGGACACUACAAGUCAAGGCUAUAUAACCUUAGUGCAGUACAAAGGAGCUCUUAAAAGCUUGGGGCUAAGUACUCAGGAUUUACCUUAUGAAGAAGAUGCAACUAUCAAACUGGAAAUAUUCAAGAAAGAAGUAAAGAAGAAGUUGCAGGAGAGCUGGGCAAUAUAUCAAUCUUAAGCAGCUGUCUGCUAAAAAUAAAAACUUUUCUGAAGUCUUA